AUGGGCACGGGGAGUCCUACCCUUAACCUGCGGAACUUGGCAGGAGUUCUUAUUCUUCUGCAGCUGGUGUGCGCGCUGGACGUCCGAGAGCUUCGUCCACCAGAGUCUGCGUCGGGACAGAGCCCUGAGGACGCACAGUCUCUGCGGGAGUCCCUCGCGCUACCUCCUAACACAGAGUUCGAGCUGGUGGCUCCGUUUGAAGUGGACCACGAGGGGCGGUACAUCUCGCAUGCUGUGGCGCAUCACCAGCGGGUCCGGCGCUCUCUGGACCGUGGCAGGACAGUCGGUACCCCUGACCCGGUCCACUUCAGGCUCAGCGGACUGGGCCAGGACUUUCAUUUGGAGCUGAGCUGGUCCAACGGGCUCGUUGCGCCUGGAUUCAAGGUCCAGCGACUGAACCACAAUGGAACGGUCAGCCUGCAUGAGCACAGCCCACACGACCUCUGCUUCUAUCAAGGCACACUCCGGUCAGAGGUCAACUCCUCAGUGGCUCUGUCCACAUGUGGGGGAAUGUCCGGCCUGAUUCGCACUGCGGAGGCCGACUACCUGCUGAGGCCGGUGCAUCCACACCUGGCGGCGAGUGCCAACUACAGCGGCCCGCCCGACCACCAGCCCCACGUCCUCUACAAGCGCUCCGCCGACCGCCCGCCCAGGACCCGCCGUCACCAUGACGACAGGCUCCACGCAGAUGACCCCGACGACGCGCCCGGCCAGGGCCAGAAGCAGCACUUCUGUGGGAGGCGGAAGAAAUAUAUGCCCAAGCCCCCACCGGAGGACAUCCCCAUCCUGCCCGAUGAGUACCCAGUGAUGCCCAGGAGCAAGCGCGCUGUGGCGCUCCACGGCACCCCUAGUGGCCAGAAGCUGAACGUCGAGACCCUGGUGGUGGUGGAUAGAAAGAUGAUGGAGAAUCAUGGCCAUGAGAAUGUCACCACCUACGUCCUGACUAUACUCAACAUGGUGUCCACUCUGUUCAAAGAUGGCACCAUUGGUGGUGACAUUAACAUUGUCAUCGUGGGACUCAUUCUACUGGAAGAGGAUCAGGACGGUCUGUCUAUCAGUCACCAUGCCGACCACACGCUGAAUAGUUUCUGCCAGUGGCAGGCGGGCCUGUCUGGUCCAGAUGGGCAGCGCCAUGACCACGCCAUCCUGCUCACCGGCCUGGACAUCUGUUCCUGGAAGAACGAGCCCUGCGACACAUUGGGUUUUGCUCCGAUCAGUGGCAUGUGCAGUAAGUACCGCAGCUGCACGGUUAAUGAGGACACAGGGCUGGGCCUGGCCUUCACCAUCGCCCACGAGUCUGGACACAACUUUGGCAUGGUGCAUGAUGGAGAGGGCAAUGUGUGUAAGAAGUCUGUGGGCAACAUCAUGUCUCCCACGCUGGCUGGCCACAACGGUGUGUUCUCCUGGUCUGCCUGCAGCCGCCAGUAUCUCAGCCGUUUCCUCAGCACUACCCAGGCCACAUGCCUGUCAGACGAGCCACAUUCUGUGGGCGAGUACGAGUACCCUCGGCAGCUCCCUGGAGAGCUCUACGACACCGACACACAGUGCAAGUGGCAGUUUGGGGAGAAGGCCAAGCUCUGCACCCUGAACUUUAAGAAGGACAUCUGUAAGGCCCUGUGGUGUCACCGUGUGGGGAGGAAGUGUGAGACCAAGUUCUUACCCGCCGCCGAAGGCUCUGCCUGUGGUCCUGACAUGUGGUGCCGGCGGGGGCAGUGUGUGAAGCAGGGCGACUCGGGCCCGGUUCCGGUCCACGGCGGAUGGUCAGCCUGGUCUGGGUGGUCCAGCUGCUCCCGGACCUGUGAGAGCGGAGUGACCUACAGAGAGAGACACUGCAACAGCCCCAAGCCCAUGUAUGGGGGCCGAUUCUGUGAAGGCCCGUCCCGCUCCUACAAGCUGUGCAACACUAAAGACUGUCCCCCCGGAAACACAGACUUCAGAGCUGUGCAGUGUGCAGAGUUCAACAGUAAGCCCUUCAGAGGGUGGUACUACAAGUGGAGCCCCUAUACACAUGUGGAUGACCGGGAUGCGUGUAAGCUGCACUGUCUGGCUGAAGGCUACGACUUCUUCUUCGCGCUCUCCAGCAAAGUGAAGGACGGCACGCCCUGUGCACCCGGCAGUCCCAACGUCUGCAUCGACGGAGUGUGUGAGAGGGUGGGCUGUGAUCGGGUCCUUGGGUCCCGGGCCAGGCCCGAUGUGUGUGGCGUGUGUCAGGGAAACAAUUCCACCUGCAAGGUCUACAGGGGCCAGUACAACAAACAGCACCGCAAUAACCAGUAUUACACGGUGGUGAGCAUCCCUGCUGGCGCGCGCAGCAUCCGUCUGCUGGAGCUCAACGCCUCCAGCUCCUACCUGGCCAUCAGGAACGUCCAGAAGAAAUACUACCUGAACGGACGCUGGACCAUCGAUUGGCCAGGCAGACACGACAUCGCCGGCACCGUGUUCGACUACCGCCGACCCUACAACCGCCCAGAGAGCCUGACCGCUAACGGGCCGACCAAUGAGACGCUUCUCGUGGAGAUUCUGCUCCAGGGUCACAACCCAGGGAUUCAGUGGGAGUACAGCCUGAACCAGAGCCGUGUGGAUCAGCGCACCAUCCCACCCAAACACAACUACACCUGGGCCCUCGUGCGCUCCACCUGCUCCUCUACCUGUGCUGGAGGCACCAUGACCACUAAGAUAGCCUGUUAUAGGGACCUGCGAGUCCAGGUGAACACGUCGUUCUGCAACCCUCGCUCCCGCCCCUCCUCUGGAACUGUGCCAUGCAACACUCAGCCCUGCCCCCCCAGCUGGUCUGUGGGGUCAUGGGGGUCGUGCAGCCGCACCUGUGGGGAGGCGGAGCAGAGUCGAGAGGUGGAGUGUGUGCAGAGGACCGCCCCCGAACAGGUGGAGAAGAUAGCCGACCUCAGCUGCCCUCAGCCGACCCCCCCACGCACCCAGAGCUGCCACAACCCCAGCUGCCCCCCCCAGUGGAGCACCGGACCCUGGUCUCAGUGCUCCAGCGUGCGGCGUUGUGGUAAGGGACUGCGUCGGCGGCUGGUGGAGUGUCUUAGCAGCGUUGGCACAGGGACCCGGGCGCUGCCCGACCGCACGUGCGAUGCCCACCUCAGACCCAGCAGUCAGGAGUCCUGCCAGCUGAGACGGUGCCCACGGCCGGCCAAGGGGCAGUGGGUGCUGUCCACUUGGCAACAGUGUUCGGUGACGUGUGGCGUGGGUGUGCAGAAGCGACAGCUGAAGUGUGUGGAGAAGGACUCGGUGGGGAAGUACCAGGAGCUGGUGGCCAAGCGCUGCCAACACGCCUCCCAGCCCUCGGUGGAGCUGCAGCGGGCAUGCGUCCAGCCCCAGUGCCCACGCCCAGUGCAGGCCAAACCCAGCUGGUACAGCGGGCCCUGGACACAGUGCACAGUGUCCUGUGGUGGAGGGGUGCAGUCUCGGUCAGUGCAGUGUCUCCUAAGUGGCCGGCUUGUGUCAGGAUGCCCCGCCCACCUGAAACCCCCCAUGGCCCAAGCCUGUAAUGCCCAUUACUGUCCCCGACCAGAGAAAAAAGAUGAGAUGGUGUGUAAAGACCACUUCAGCUGGUGCUACCUGGUGCCCCAGCACGGCGUGUGCCACCACAAGUUCUACGGGCAUCAGUGCUGCCAGUCCUGUGGCCACCCCAACCUGUGA